AUGCCCCUUACAGUCCUCACCGAUUCAGACGUCAGGGAACUGUUGUAUACCUUAACCAAGCAGGAUAUCGACGAACUCCAAUCCAAUCUCGCCGAGGCCCUGCAUUCAUACUCCACGGGCGAUACCAAUUCACCAUGUAGCGCAUCCUUCCAGCCACAGCGGACUAUCAUCAAGAAGAAGGGCGUCACCACCCUGUUCAUGCCAGCGUCCACGGGAAAUUCGGUGGGAAUGAAGAUCGUGUCUCUUCAGCAGCCUGAGAUUCCGCCCCAAAGCAAGUCUUCAAUCUCAUCAGUCAACUCUGACAGUCAUUCGGGGACUCCCACAGACAGCAUGUCAUCCUCGACUUCGGUCCAGUCUGCCACGAAUGAUUUCAGUUCCUUGACCCUGACUCCGUCGUCCACGAUGUCGUCUGGAAGAGACUCAAUCGACGGCGCUUCAUUCCAACCUCCUGCAUCAGUCGCCAGCUCUCGAAGCACCACGCCAAAGGGUUCGAUCACCCUGCUCGACUCCGCCGGAAACCCCACGGGUAUCGUUAAUGCCGAAGAACUCACGGCUUUUCGAACGGCGUUGGCUUCCACAUUGAUGCUGAAAAAGCGAGAGAACGUCCACACUGUGACCGUUUUUGGCGCAGGAAAGCAAGCCUACUGGCACAUCCGACUGGCGCUGAUCCUCAAGGGCGACCAAAUCCGGCACGUCAACAUCAUCAACCGCAGUUUCGAGAGGUCGAUCAAACUGAUGAAAGCAUUCCAAGUGACGCAAGAUUUCAACGAUCAAUGGCGCAGAGAUAUCAAAUUCUCCGCCAUGAGCCCAGAAUUCGGCGAGUAUGGUCGACUUUUGAAGGAGGAAGUGCGGAAAGCAGACGUCAUUUUCUGCUGCACGCCGUCCGUCGACCCCCUCUUCCCGGCCGAGUUCCUGACGUCGCGUGAAGGGCGGAGGAAAGGCAGAUUGAUCGUGGCCAUCGGCUCAUACGCGCCCCACAUGUGCGAGAUUCACCCCGACAUCUUGAAAGUGGCCGUGGAACCGGUUCACAGCGGGCAUCACCAUCACCACCGCCACGCGAAGCAGGGCGGAGUAGUCAUCGUCGACAGCCUGGAAUCGUGCCUGAAGGAAGCCGGUGAGAUCGUCAAGGCGAAGCUCAAACCCGAGCACCUGGUCGAGAUCGGCGAGCUGAUGAUGAUCAAGAAGGCCGCAACCCGGGAGAUCGAGCUCGGCGGACCGGGCGAGCAGGGCCUCCUGGACUGGCUGACCAAGGGCAACGUCAUCUACAAGAGCGUGGGCAUGGGACUGCUGGACCUGGUGGUCGCGGGCGAUCUCCUCCGCAUGGGUAAGGAGAAAGAUGUUGGUGUGACCAUUGAGGAUUUCUAG